CGAGCCAACGUCUAUACCGAUACUGGUGGGCUCUAAAGCACAACCCGAACUUUAAUCACAUAACCUAAAUUAUGUAUAUCCAUAUAGGCCUAAACCUUUAUGCUUAAAUUAUCUAUAUCCACAGAGGGCUAAACCUUUCUCCUAAAAUCUUCCAAUCAGGAUGUUACAACAUCAAAUUUUUGGGAGGAAUUAACGAGGAGGAAUCUCUGUAACCAUUUAAUUUUUUACUGAAUUCAAACCCUAGAUUUUCUGUUGAAUGUUGAUUCGCUUUGGUUUGGUAGAUUGUGGGAUUUUAUAGGAGUUAGAAGUAUUGUGUUGAUUUAGUCCUUGGUCAUAGAUCUUCUAUAGUUGGUGGCGGAAAUAGAGAGGGCGAAAAUGCCGUCGCAGGCGGAUCUAGAUCGACAGAUAGAGCAGCUGAUGGAGUGCAAGCCGUUAACGGAAUCGGAGGUAAAAACGCUUUGUGAGCAGGCCAGGACUAUACUUGUCGAGGAAUGGAAUGUGCAGCCGGUGAAGUGUCCGGUGACGGUGUGCGGUGAUAUUCAUGGUCAAUUUUACGAUCUGGUUGAGCUGUUUCGGAUUGGUGGAAAUCCCCCUGAUACCAAUUAUCUCUUCAUGGGUGAUUAUGUUGAUCGCGGGUAUUAUUCAGUGGAAACUGUCACACUCUUGGUGGCUCUAAAAGUUCGUUAUAGAGACAGGCUUACCAUUCUUAGAGGAAAUCAUGAAAGUCGCCAAAUUACUCAAGUAUAUGGUUUCUAUGAUGAAUGUUUGAGGAAAUACGGAAAUGCAAAUGUUUGGAAGCAUUUCACAGACCUUUUCGAUUACUUACCUCUUACAGCACUCAUUGAAAGCCAGAUCUUUUGCUUACAUGGCGGGCUUUCACCAUCAUUGGAUACUCUAGACAAUAUCCGCGCCUUGGACCGAAUCCAAGAGGUCCCACAUGAAGGGCCGAUGUGUGAUCUGUUAUGGUCUGAUCCAGAUGACAGAUGUGGGUGGGGGAUAUCGCCACGUGGCGCAGGGUAUACAUUUGGACAAGACAUAGCAACACAGUUUAAUCAUACGAAUGGCCUCUCUCUCAUCUCAAGAGCACACCAGCUUGUCAUGGAGGGUUUCAACUGGUGCCAGGAUAAAAAUGUGGUGACAGUAUUUAGUGCACCAAACUACUGUUAUCGAUGUGGAAACAUGGCGGCUAUUUUGGAAAUUAGUGACAACAUGGAACAAAACUUUCUUCAGUUUGAUCCAGCCCCAAAGCAAAUUGAACCCGAUACUUCUCGAAAGACACCUGAUUAUUUUUUAUAAUUACCAUUUUACCCCUGAGAGUUGGUAUUAUACUUGUGAUGGUCGAUGUUGUCAUUCUUUGUUUAGAAUCAUUCAUGAAUCAUGGUGUGGUUGAGAAAGAGAAACACAAGUUUUUGUAUAUGUGUUUUAGAGAAGGGUAAGAUGGUAAUUUGUAUGUUAGAAAAAGAAAGACUUGGUAUGUACUAUGUUAUGUGUAUCCAUUGGCAAUUUUCAGCAUGGGAAUUAAUAGAAACUAAAGAGAUAGGGUGUUUAUGCUUGA